AUGGAGCUGGGUGAGUUGAAUGAAGAUAAUUUAGAAGCGCUUUUACUUCGCCAGGCUAGCGAACGGCGAAAGAAGCGAUCUCGACGUGGAUCCUCGCCAUUUCCUGCAGAUGGUAAUCCUCUUGCUCAAGACAGGCGGCGCUUGUCGUCGUUUACAACAAUAUCUGGAGACGAGACAGUAAUUUCAAUUGACGACGCUGACGCAACAGAAGAAGAGAUACUAGAAAAUAUGAGGUUGUACAAAUACGUCAUUGAGUCCAUCAAAAAUCAGCCCUGGAGAAUGAAAAAGAAGUAUAAUAUACUACGACGCGCAAAAUCCUACGUGAAUAAACACGAGGGCGAACUUGUUCACAGCAAGCGAUCCAAAGACAUCUUGGCUAAGUACAAAGUUUUGAUGAAUAAGUGGUUCCAGAGGUUCAAAAGGGUGUUGGCUAACCUUGUUGUCACCCUCACUCCUUGGGAAAUGAGGAUCAAGAGAAUUGAAAGUCAUUUUGGAUCCGUUGUAGCUUCCUAUUUUACGUUUCUUCGUUGGGUUUUUUGGAUUAAUUUUUUCAUCACCACAUUUGUAUGCUGUUUUCUGAUGGUGCCUGAGGUUUUGAGAGGUCAAGACGAUUCUACAGGGAUGAGGAAAGAAAUUGAAAGUGAAGAGCAGGAUAGUGCUCUAAAUCUGAAGGCGAUUUGGGAUUUUGAGGGCUACCUGAAAUAUUCGCCAUUAUUCUAUGGUUACUAUAGCAACAGAGAAAUGACCGAAGAAGGUUAUCGUCUACCAUUAGCAUAUUUUCUCACUUCUUUAGCCGUGUAUAUUUUCAGCUUUUUUGCGAUUCUUAGAAGAAUGGCAGAAAAUUCCCGGAUGAGCAAACUUUCCGAAAAAGACGAGGAAUGUACAUUCACGUGGAAACUUUUUACUGGAUGGGAUUAUAUGAUUGGUCACGCAGAAACAGCCUUCAACAAAACUGCAUCGUUAAUAAUGAGCUUCAAAGAAGCAAUUCUGGAAGAAAAGGAGAAAAAGAAAGAAGAACGAGAUUGGAAGGUGAUAAUCUUGCGAAUUAUCGCCAACUUCAUGGUUAUUAUUCUGCUGGCGUCCAGUGCUUAUGCUGUCGUGUUGGUUGUCCAGCGAUCUCAAGAAGCUGAAGCAGAGUCCAGUUGGUGGAGACAGAAUGAGGUAACGUUCGUCGUUUCUUUCAUCUCAAUUGUAUUUCCCAAUCUAUUUGAACUGAUUGGAAUGUUGGAACAAUAUCAUCCACGUGUACAACUUCGAUGGCAGCUUGCUCGAAUCCUGAUGUUAUACUUACUGAAUCUGUACACUUUGAUUUUUGCUCUUUAUGGUAAAGUGGACAAAAUGACGACAGCACUGUUUGAGUUGAAGACAAAUAUUUCUACACUGCUGGAACAGAAGACAUUUUUAUCGACAGUUUUCCCAUCGAGCGAGUUUUACCAAACAUUGAAUACUACGAUGGUUGAACCUUACCACACGCCUAUUAGCUUAAAUCUUCAAUUAUUACACGCAGAAAACGACAGCGCUCAGCCUAAAACAACAGCCUGUAACUUUACUUUGUUAUUGAACUGUACAACUAUUAUUCUGUCCUGGAUUCGAAACGUAGCAGCAGAAAAAAAAUUAGGCUUAAAUGGAACAAACGAAAGUAAAGAUGGAUUGAUAAACAAGAACGGUUUUUAUAAUUUCUCUGGAAUAGAAGAGGAUAAUGACGCUGUCGAGUGGCUGAAUGUUUGGAACUAUACAGAUAUUAAUUUUUCAAAUGAUGCUACUUUGGUAAAAAACAAUAAUACAACUCAGACAGAUUCGUUCAGAGAUGAUGUCUUGAAUAGAAUUCUUAAAACGCCUUUCGCCAAUAUCAGCGAUGUACACAAUGACACCUACUCAUUAAUCCUGAAUAAAUCAUUACAAAAUUGGUUAGCUAAUCACAUUCAAGAAAUAGAUAGUAAGAUAAACGAUUCUAUAUACAAUUGCGUUAUUUUUAUAUCAAAAUGCAUUGAAGGCAUAAAAAAAAUGUCAGAAAACGACGUCUUUAUGUCAUCCACGUGGCCUUUCGAGGUAGAUCCUCUAGUGACGACUACUAGUAAAACACCAAUAGUUUCCUACGAUAGUGAUGAAGAGUCUACAACCAGCUCAUCUACAACAGAUCUUAUCUUCGCUAAUGCAUCCACCUUAUCAAGCUGCGACGGCUUAGAAUGCUUAUCUGACGUCACUAAAGGCUCAACACUUAGAAAUGAAGUGCCAACAACAACUGCUGAGUGUCUGGGUAGUGAAUGUAGUAAAGAACAAGAUAUCGUUCAACUUAUUCUUCAUAGCGAUGAAUCUACUAGAGAACAGCUUAGGAAACUAUGCUGGGAGACCAUGUUUGGACAGGAACUAGUGAAGUUGACCGUAAUGGAUUUAAUAAUGACGAUUAUCAGCAUAAUAUUAAUGGACUUUAUACGAGCCAUAUUCGUGCGCUACGCCAACAACUGUUGGUGCUGGGAUUUGGAAAAGAAAUUUCCAGGUUAUGGAGAUUUCAAAAUUGCUGAGAAUAUUUUGCACCUUGUCAACAACCAAGGAAUGAUAUGGAUGGGUAUGUUCUUCAGUCCUGGUCUACCUGCUCUUAACACUGUAAAACUUUGCAUUCUGAUGUACGUGCGGAGUUGGGCUGUCUUGACUUGUAACAUUCCUCAUGAAAAUGUCUUCAAGGCAUCAAGAUCAAACAACUUCUACUUCGCACUUCUUCUGAUUAUGUUGUUCUUGUGCACGCUACCUGUGGGAUUUGCAAUAGUUUGGCUUGAGCCUUCUUGGCAUUGUGGACCUUUCAGUGGUUAUGGCCGUAUCUACCGAGUAUUCACAAGCUACCUCAGGAAUGUUCUUCCUUCCUGGAUGAAUAAUAUCAUUGAGUAUCUUACGUCACCAGGAUUGGUAAUUCCACUUCUUUUGUUGCUCGUGUUAAUAAUUUAUUACCUGAUAUCGUUGACUGGUUCACUUCGUGAGGCCAAUAAUGAUUUAAAGAUACAGCUACGAAGGGAGAGAUCACAUGAGAAGGAGGCCUCGAAUGAUGCUAAUGCAGGAAAGGAAGGUGGAGGAGGAGACAAAACCCUGGCUAAUAAAUGGUUAAUCACAAAAAAUAUAUUGCCUGUGUUACCCACAUGUAACAAAUUCCGAGAACUAAAUCAUCUGACCGAAACUGAAAUCGAACAAGAGGACGAAGAGUCACAUACGACAGACACAUCUGUCAAAAGACAAGUGCAGUACCCGUUGCGAACUGAGGAAAACCAUUUAGACUCACCAAGUCAUCGUCUUAAUGAUCAUAAUAGAAUUACAGAAGAAAGUCCCAGAAGAGGAGGAGACGGGGGAACUGUUCCUCUUAUCACUAUCAGUCAUCCUAUAGAAAAACACACUGACAUUAACAAAACACUAAGUUUGCCUCACCAAUGUAGUACAGAUAGUACGGGAUCGGUCAGAGCACACAGUCCAGAACAAACUGAAAUGACAGAAACAUCUACCGGAAAUAAUCAUUCGAUAGUUGAAGAUGAAGAAAUGAAGUCCGAAACAGAGUUUUCUACAAAUAAAAUAAAAAACGAGAAUUAUAAUAUUACGUAUCACCAGGGUGCAGAAAACGAUGAGAUAGUAGAUAACGUUAAUCACGGACAUCCUCUAACCACACAAGUUCCAAUACAAAACAAUCACGUUUAUGUUUCAAAGGAUCAGGGAAGUGUUGAGUUGGCUGACAACACACCUGUAGAUAUAGACACUCUAUGUAAUAACCUGUCGCAUACUUCAGCAAUUCCAACAGCGCAUGAAAACAAUCAAAAUAAUACAAUGAGUAAAGAUUUGGCGUCAACAGUGCAGAACUCUGACAGGUGUUACGAACUUGAAGGCCUUUCACCUGUAAGCCAAUCAGAAAUGCUCAAUUCGUCAGAGUUGACUGAAGUUAAUGUUACACACUUACAACCAAGUCUAGGAGACGUUUCGGAGUUGCCUACUUACUGUACUAAUACCGAGAAUGAGCAACCAGAGCACCCUAAUCAAGCCAGUGAAAUCAGCACCCUUCACCUUGCAAUUCCUACACCUGAACCUGUGCCAGAAACGCACGCGACUCCACUGGAAACAAGCUUAAUACAAAGUUCAAGGACAGAAGAAGGUUCAACACCAGUGGACACACUGCUAUGGUAAUAAGCUAAGACCCAGGGACAUUGAAUCGCUGUAGAACAAUGAGACCCUUUGUAUUUGUAUCACGCAUAAAAAUUGUUUGCAUCAUUUGAACAUUUGUAAUUUGUGAAAAUUAUUACUCAAAGUGGUUUUUCAUAUAUAUAUAUA